AUGAGUAUUACGAUAGAAUUGGCAAAGGACAACAUGGGAGUGGAAGUUGCUGGUCGGCAGCUACAACUUCGUUCCGCUGACGACAUCGUCAACAAUAACAUCAAGCAUCAGUUAGGCAAAACGUGCAAAACAAAACUGCACAUCACUAAGAACAAAAAGGCCUUACUGACACGAUACUGCAAUAAUUUGUCUCGGGUAAUCGAGAGAAUCGAUUCUGCUCACACCGCCGCGCAAGCUAGUAGCGAUGACGCAACAUCUCCUCCACGCAUCAAAGCAUCGCUGUUUGAACUCGACGCCACGGCAAAGCUAGCGGCAGAUGCCUUGAAUGCUUUCACGGCAGCGCUGGACGAGAUCGAUGAACUACCCGAAGAACAAGACAAGCAGGCGAACGACUACAUUGACUCAUCGCUUUCGUUGAUUGAGCGCGCUCGUCUGAUGGCGAUUGAACUCGACGCAAAAAACAUUGGGGACCGGGAGGAAAAUGACGAGAGAGGAUGGACAGAGAUGAUGAGACCAAAACUUCCGCCAAUACCCAUACCCAUAUUUACGGGAAAGCUUCAGGAAUACACCAACUUUUGGACACUUUUCGAAUCCAACGUCGACAGACAACCACUCACCAAUCUACAGAAGUUUAACUAUUUAUUAACCGCUUUGCAGGGGAACCCCGAGAACUGA